UACCAGCCACUUGACCGAUCGCGCUUGAAUUUGUCGCCCGAGAUGGAUCCAAAUGGAAAGAAGACGGCGGAUCAGCAGCCAAAGCGGCGGGCUUGUGACGAGUGCCGUGGAAGGAAGCUUGCCUGCUCUAAGGAGAUCGAUGGCUGCGCGCGCUGCAAACGCGAGGGCAUCAAGUGCGUCUAUUCGCCCCAGAAGCGUAUGGGAAGGCCGAGGAAGCAUCGCCCUGUGGACGUCGCGGCAGGGUCCCCGGCCUCGCUCGAAGGGACAGCUUCGAGUGCCUCCAAGUCUGUCGCUGGACCGGUCACCACACCGAGGGAAGAGGCGCCACCCAUCGUCAUGCCGAAUUUCGAGUUCGACAGUACCAUCGCCAUGGACUUGGAUAUGUCCUUUCUCGAUAUGAACAACAUGGACAUGAACUUCCUCGAACUGGUCGACCCCAACAAUACCCAACUGCCACUGCCACCUGCCCCAGUCCAGACUGGCUCCUUAGUCUACGAAAAGCAAGGGCUCAUUGCCCCCAACGCCUUCUGGCCCAUGAGCAGCGGUCUCUCCGAUAUCAAUUUCGAUGAACCCGCGUCCUCGGCCCCCCCGCCACUGCCCGAGAUCAGUGCCGAGGACGUCGCUCAGAUCUUGUCGGCUGAUCUGCCCGAAACGAUGCCUUGUCUAUCUCCGCCAUCAUCGAGCUCACCGAGCUCAGACGUGUCAUCCCCAGAUUCGGACAACAUCAAGACAUGCGGCUGCCUUUCAGCUCUCUACCUCGCCCUCAACUCCCUCCAGACCCUGCCCAAGGACGUUUGCGAAGCCAUGCGUGUCGCGCGUACCGCAACCAAAACAGCGCAUGACACGAUCCUCUGCCCCGUCUGCGGCGAUCCACCCGUAGGCCCCAACGCCAUACAGCCCAUACAAGCUUUCCAGAGCGUCAUGAUGCUCGGCGCCCUGCUUCCCUCGGUCUCCAACGCGUACAUGCGCAUCCUGAGCAUGGUCGACGCCGAAGCCGCUGCCGCCGACGCAGACCGGCGCCAGAUACCCUUCAGCCUGAGCGCGUACGGCGGACUGUGGGGCAUGGUGGCUAAGAUGGACCCCGUCAAGUGCAAGGCGCAGGAACGACUCGAAGGCGCGCUGCUUGAGCCGAUCCUCUGGCGGCUGACGGUGCGCGCGCUGCUUAAGAUGGACGUGUACGGCGUCAACGACCUGACGGCCGGCAUCGAUGCCAAUGUUGGUUUUCAGCAGCCUGGUUUGAAGGACAUUAUCAACAUGAUGGAGGAGCGGUCGCGGCGGAGGCAUGAGCAGGUGGAUGCCAUGGUGGCCGCGGGCAUGAUUCAGAAGCCCAAGACGAUGGACUAUGUCCCACUCUCGUCGACGACUGAUAAGCCGACGUGCAUGAGAAUUAUUGACAUCGCGAAGAGGUCGAUGGACGAAUUAAUCAUUCCUUAGGUGAUGUGCUUGGUUUCUGGCAUGCAAGCGCCGGCACACACACGGGGAGAGUUCGUUGGCCAAAUAGCGCCAUGUAGCCCUCGGCGAGGAAAGGCAGUCGCUGCAC